AUGAAGAUAGAAUAUUUGAAUAAACAAUUCGACAACUUACACAAUUUCGUGGAAAGCAAGAUUGUAUCAGCAAAAAGAAGUAUUCUAUAUGAUGUUAAGGUCCACUGUGAAGAAAUAAAAAUAGCUAUUGCCACUUUAAAAAAAGAAAAACCACAGGGCACAAGAAAUGAGUUAAAAGAAAAACUUGAAAUAGUUUUGCCUAUUCAAGCACUGCCUGAUUUCUUAGAGUUUGAAAAAGAAUUAAGGACAAAUGAGAAUAAAAGAGAGGCACUAAUGAAUCUUAUUUUAUUACUAUGCUUAGAUUUUUCUAAUACCAAAGAUUGCGUUCACAAAGUUCUUCCCCAAAUUAUUAAAAAAGAGGUCCAAAGGCAUUAUUCCGGCCAAGGUUGUAAGAAAAAAGGAAUGGGGAAAAUGAAUUUUAGUGCCACUAUAUUAUUCGAGUGUUUUGAAGCAGUUGUAUUAAAACACUAUAAUUAUAACAACAGUCAAAAAUCAUUAAAAGCACUGGUUGGUGAUUAG